UUAUCCUAAUCCAUCCAAAAUUUCUCCCCAAAAAUUAUUAGUUUUUUCGUAUGAGAACAUGCCAGCGGUAUCCCUCAACUGCGCAGCAUCGAAUCUCUAUAUGACGCCGUGAUCAUCCCGUCCCGCCGCCAUAGUUAGGGAGGGACUCACGGGUCGAAGGCUGAAGACCAGAGAGGGGAGGGAAGGCGACGGAAGCAUUGCUGCGCUUGCGGCGGAGCACCUCUUUGGAUAGCAGUGCGCGAUGGGUGAGGGAAGGGAAGGCGACUGGGAGUGUGGGAGUUGCUGUAAUCGGAACUACGCGUUCCGAUCCUUCUGCAAUCGGUGCAAGAAGCCACGUCUCCUGGUUGAUACAAAGACACCGUCAGACUCCAAAUGGCUUCCUCGCAUUGGAGACUGGAUCUGCUCUGGGUGUAGUAACAACAAUUAUGCUUCUCGAGAAUUGUGCAAAAAAUGUGGUCAACCAAAGGAGGAAAGUGCAAUUUCAGCAAUUACAAUGCCCGGAGGACCUUUUCCAGCUUAUUCACAUUAUUUUCCCAGAAUGCAGGGUCUUCUUGGAUCAAAGAUGAACUUCGGUAUGGCUGGCAGAUCUGCUUUUCAGCAAUCCUUUCCGACGGGGUCUGGUUGGGGGUAUAUGACAUUUCCUGGUAACAGCAAUGGGGACAUUUCAUAUGGAGAUAGCUCAGAUCAGUUGCUUGGGAUUCCAAAAGGGUGGCGCGAUGGUGACUGGUUAUGCGAUUGUGGAUUUCAUAACUAUUCUUCCCGUACACAGUGCAAAAAGUGUAAUGAGCCUAUUCCUACAAGUGGCAUGAACUCUUCGGCAGCAAACUCAUCAAACUUGUUUCGGGGUACCAAACGUUUGGCAUCAGAAGAGUUUGCUAAUGACUGGCACAAAAAGAGGUUAAUUGCGGGAGAGAUAAACCAUCAAUUUUUGACGAGCGAAACACAUUAUAUUUAUCCGGAUUUGGAGCAGCUUCCUGGACCUAGUGGCGGUCAUGCACACGGAUUAUAUUCUAAAUACUAUGGCAGAAACUUACCAUCUCAGUUAUCAGCCAUGCCUACACUUCUUGGAAAAGGGGCAAAACAAUGGCGUGAUGGGGACUGGAUGUGCCAAAAAUGUAACAAUCAUAAUUUUGCAUCCCGCUCAACUUGCAACAGAUGUAAAACAGUGAAGGAAUCCGGUUCCCAGCCUGUCAGCGUUGCCUAGCUUUUUUGAUCAGCUUGGAGAUCUCUGAUUACUUUUAUUGUGCCUCAAAAUAUUUCUAUGUUAUGUUCUAUGUGACUAAAAUCUAUAAAUUCUGCUAUUUUCCGAGCAAAAAA